AAGGAUUGACUGUCUGACUUUCAGACUCAACAUGAUCCAGUGCAUCACAAAUGAAGAGCAAAACUUAACUUAAUGACACAAGUGGGAAGGGAUUUGUGUUUCCAAGAAACAUGGAUCAUUUGAGGAGUUGGGUCAUCUAUAAAACACAGAGUUUGGUGAAGAACGCUGCAGGAGCUCCUCCUCUCUUUGAUGAUGGAGGGAGCUGAUCUCUGCUUUCCUCAACUCCUCAACUCCUCCUGCAGGAAGACCAUACUCCCUCGCCCAGUGUUCACCAUCAUUUACAUCCUGUUGACUCUCAUCUCUGUGCUCACUGUAUCUCUUAACCUGCUGGUCAUUAUCUCCAUCUCACACUUUAGGGAGCUCCACACCUCCACCAACCUCCUGCUCCUCUCUCUGGCCAUCUCAGAUUUCACCAUGGGCCUACUCAUGUUCUUCCAGGUCUCCUUCGUGGAAGGCUGCUGGUAUCUGGGAGACAUCAUUUGCAUCUUGUAUUAUACGGUGCUUUUUGUUAUCACCUCUUCCUCCAUAGGAAACAUGGUUCUCAUAUCUGUUGAUCGUUAUUUUGCCAUUUGUUGUCCUCUCCAUUAUCCCAGCAGAGUGACCACAAAGAGAGCUCGAGUCUGUGUUUCCCUCUGCUGGAUCUUCUCCUUAAUCACUCUAACUGGAGUGGUCAAACAAAACAUGACCGGCAGGUUUCACUCCUGCGAUGGCGAGUGUCUGGUUGAGGUUACCUUCGAGGAAAUGCUUGCAGAUUUGGUUGUGACAAUAGUCAUCCCCAUCACUGUCAUCAUACUUCUGUACGUGAGGGUGUUUGUGGUGGCUGUGUCUCAGAUCCACGCCAUGCGCUCCCAUGUUGCUGCGUUACCAUGGAGACAGACAGGGAGAGGAACAGCAAAGAAAUCUGAGCUGAAAGCAGCCGGGACCCUCGGGAUUGUUGUGGCUGCUUUUCUGCUGUGUCUCUGCCCGUAUUAUUGCGUCAAUCUAGUAGGCCGAAAGAUUUCAAUCAAGUCCACAUCCUUGGAGUUUGUGAAAUUCCUGUUCUACUUUAAUUCCUUUCUAAAUCCCAUAAUUUAUGGCCUUUUCUAUCCCUGGUUUAGAAAAUCUGUCAAACUCAUUGUGACACUUCAAGUGCUGAAGGCAGGCUCCUCUGAUGCCAAAAUACUGUAA